GGCGGAAGUGACGUUGCCCGGUUAGGACAACACAUUUAAGCCCCGGGUCAGAGACGUGAUAGAGUCCCGGUGGCCGCGCUGCUGCCCCGGCUAUGUGACUCACACAUUACAGCGCUCUCGUUAGUGCCUGUCGGCAUGGCAAGUACAUUGAUAGCCGCUGGCUUGACCAUUGCCGUAGCUGGAUUUGCAGGCCGUUAUGUUUUGAAAAACUUUCAGCACCUGGAGCCUCAGGUGAAGCAAGCCUUCCAGACCCUGCCAAAGUCGGCAUUCGCUGGCUAUUAUAAAGGUGGAUUUGAACCCAAAAUGACAAAAAGGGAAGCCGCACUAAUAUUAGGAGUUAGCCCAACUGCAAACAAAAUCAAGAUCAGAGACGCUCACAGACAGAUCAUGCUGCUAAAUCACCCAGACAAAGGUGGAUCUCCGUAUCUCGCAGCCAAGAUUAAUGAAGCAAAAGAUAUGAUGGACGCUCAGGCAAAGAGAAAGAGCUGAACAUUGGAGACUACAUGAGAACUGUUUAUAAUUUUUACCUCAGUGUGAUUUGGGUUUGCGGAAAAUGAUUGUCAAUAAAGCCAUGUUAAUCGUC